CCGACCGGAGUUAAACAGUUGAGUCAAGCCGAGAAGAUCAGUUUCCGUAACGUGUGACAAAUGGAUGUCAAGGCACAGGAAAAGCAAAAUGAGAAUAUACGAAAAAGGAUACUCGAUGUGAAAGAGCUAUGCAUAACAGAAUGUCCGCAAGACUCCCCGUGGAUCAGACCUGUUCAGAUACGUUACCAACAAGAUGGCGAACCUAAAGACUGGGACGUGGUGAGGGCACACGACGGUGUGAGUAUAAUUAUAUUCAACACCAGUCGGAAGAAGCUUGUGUUCGUCCGACAAUUUCGUCCGGCGUUCUUUUACACAUUCCUACCGGAGCAACACGGCCCAGUGGACCUUAAUCGAUAUCCGCCGUCGUUGGGUUUGACAUUAGAACUUUGCGCCGGUAUUGUGGAUAAGGAUAAACCACUUGUCGAGAUCGCGAGGGACGAGGUCAGAGAAGAAUGUGGUUACGAAGCACCUACGGAGGCCUUUAAAUAUGUGAUUACUUUCAGAUAUAUUUCCACUUCUGUCUGCAAGCAUACGCUCUACUACGCGGAAGUUACAGACGAGAUGCAUAUACAUCCAGGAGGGGGUGCUGCAUCUGAAGGGGAACUAAUUGAAGUGGUGGAAUUAAGCAUCCCAGAAGCAAAACUAUACAUCAGUUCUGAGGAAGUUCAAAGUCCCCCAAGUUUACUGUACGGUGUAUCCUGGUUUCUAGCUAACAAACAUGAACAUUGUUGUUAACAUCAAAUUAAACAACUUUCAAAGUUAUGC